AUGGCACUCAGCCUGGCCACAGGAGACGUAUGCUUCUACUGCAUCGUGAUGCUGGACUUGUUAGGCAACUCAGAUCCAACAGCCCUGCAGGACAAGAUCGCAUCCAAAAGAGUCAAAAUCCGCGCUCACGUACCGAGGCUAGCUGUCAAAAGGUCCAGCCUAACGGUGCUUGGCGUACAGGUUGGAAAAGCACAGGAUUUCGAGGUGAACUUGUGGAUAAAGCUCCAGACGUUGAUACUCUCGGCGCUGAGAGACCAGGGGUACCACCAAAGCCGAGGGUUCCCCGUAAAUGCCUAUCAGCUCAGGGUGAUGGCGCCCGCCGGUGCACUGCGGUUCUAUAGAUACGGCGGCAUGGCCGGGGCCGCCGCGAGCUGA